UGUGCGACUGCGUUAUCUUUGCUAACCUCGAGACCUCUUACUCCCACCAACUGCUAAACAGAUCCUCCUGCUGACACCUAUUUACCUCUUUUCGAACAGCUAAUCAACCAUGGCCUUCAAACCAGCACUCGUCAUUGUCGACGUGCAGGAAGACUUCUGCCCACCAAACGGGGCACUGGCAGUGACAGGUGGACGCGACAUCGUACCCACAAUCAACGAGUUCCUUACGUAUCCGUUUGUUCUCAAAGUCGCGACCAAAGACUUCCAUCCCCAAGAUCACAUCUCGUUCGCAUCGAAUCACUCCGCGCCGAACAACAAACCCUUCGAAUCGACGUUCGUCAUCAAAAACCCAGAGAACCCAGACGAGACGCAAGAAACACGACUAUGGCCCGACCAUUGUGUGCAGGGGACAAAAGGCUCUGAGCUGCUGCCCGAGCUCCACGUCAGUAAAGUGGACCAUGUAGUCGAGAAGGGCCAGGACAAGCGCGUGGAGAUGUACUCUGCAUUUGCGGAUCCGUUCAAGAGUCAUGUGGCUAAGAGCAAUCUCGCAGACACACUGCGCAAAGCUGGAAUCACCGACGUCUACGUAGUAGGCCUUGCAGCCGACUACUGCGUGAAGUUCACUGCGAUUGAUGCACAGAAGGAGGGCUUCAAAACGUGGGUGGUGGGCGACGCGACGAAGGCGGUGGAUCCGUCAGCGAUGGAACAGGUUCACAAGGAAUACGAGAAGACCGGAGUCACGGUCAUAGGUAAGGACGACGCGCAAAUGCGGAAGGUCAAGGAGCAAGCGCAGCGGACGCAGGACCAGGACGCGAAAGACGCAGGGAAGGCUGGCGAGAGCGUGUUGGACUAGACCCAGCACUCCAUAGACGAAUGGCGAAUUUCAGAUAGCGUGUAUCCUACAGGACAGCAUGUGAUUUGAGGGAGCAUCGAGGUCAUGAUUUCCUAGUUCUCAGCGCCGGCGCACUCGGAAUGCAGACGCGUACUAGAACCGGGUACUUUGUCCACGUCGAAGAAACAAGCGGCCCGGGCUCCACUCCAUGUCAAGCCACUGUUCCUGGAAUCGCAGGUAGAGAGUAUUCGGAAACAAAGACUGCUCCGAGCCGUGCCGCAUGCGCGUGUCGCGUACUUCGUAUGGUGCACUGACAUGUGCCGACUGCGGGGCAGCAGACGUGCAGAAACACAG